AUGUUUUUGAGUAAAGAAAGUAUCAAUCCGCGAAUUCUGUGUAAUGUACUCGCGCCUAUAUUUAUCUGCGGAUUCUUCGGUAAUAUUAUAUGUAUAAUAGUAUUUCUUCGUCGUCGCUUUCGUGUACGUUCAAUUAGUGUCUAUUUCAUCGCUUUAUUCUUUAAUGAUUGUUUACUUCUAUUCAUAUCACAUGUGGCGAAAAUGGUUAUAUUUGAUGCAUCGUCAUCAUGCUGGUUUAAUAUUUAUUUAUCGAAAUUUAUUAAUUUUAUUCGUUAUCGUGAAAUGUUCUACCUUAAAGGUCUUGCCGUGUUGACGUAUAAUACGACUUAUACGCAGAUUUCCAUGCUAAUUUUUAUGUUCAUGUCGAUUCAACGUGUUCGAACAUUUUCAUCGAUAUCCUAUCGUGAAAGUCGAAUGUGCGCAUUGUUAUUGACAUUGAUUGCAUUUAUCUAUGGGAUUAGUGUGUCCUAUAUUCAAUUGUACGAUGCAUUCUGCAUAAAACCAUUGCAGUUAACCGAAAGUCAAUCUUUAACUAUUGAUUCCUUACUUAAUAAGUCGAUAUGUAUGACACCGAAUUCAUCGAAUCAUUCAGUUAAUAAUUCAACAAUGUAUUAUCUUUCAACGACAACAAUACCUAUUCCGACAACGACAAAUCCCGUUGAUAUUUAUGAUGGAAUAUUAUUAAUUCAUACAAAUGUAUCUGUGGAGACAAAUCUCAAUAUGAGAUGUUACUCGAGAAAGAAAUGGCAACAUAUCCGGCAUCAAACCAUUGCCCAUGUUUACUUACAACAAUAUAUGUCAAUCGAUUGGCCAGAUGAACAUGCCCAACGUUCGACUUGUCCUUUUGAGAACAUUCUUCCAUCAAAUCUUCUCGCUUCGGUUAAUAAUUUAACAUGGCCAGUAUUGCAAUCUCGGCCAGGCAAAGAUUAUUUUCACGAACAUCAAUUCUGUACUCAAACAUAUCAUUUCAUAACUUAUUACGGUAAUUGUACAAUACCAAUUUCAGCUGAAAAUUUUCAACGUUGGUUUAAAUUUCUCUACGAUCGUCGUUUAUCACUGAAAAAUCGUUAUACAAUUGGUUUUAUCAUUGGAACGUUUAUUCCAUCGAGUAUUUGUAUCAUAUCGUCAUUUAUCUGUCUUUAUUAUAUAUCUAAUCGACCGUCGAUACGCAAACACAGUCAUUCACGUGCCGAGCUUCGUUCUUUAUCAUUGAUUCUAGUAGAAAUCCUCCUGAGUUUAAUGAGUGCUUUGCAAUCUUAUAUAAUCAAUUUCUUUACAUGUCAUCGUCUAUUAUUUCGAAUGGAAUCCGAUAAUUGUUAUGGACAAUCGGGUGAUAACAUUCUUCCAAAUUUUCUUGGAAGUAUUCUGGAGUUAUUCACAUCUACAUCGAACAUUCUAAUCAUCAUGAUUUGUGGUGCACAGUUUCGCAACGAACUUAUUGAAAUUCUUCGUCUGGGAAGAUUCUGUCCUCGAGAUAAACAACAACAGCAGCAGAACACAUUAACUCAAAACACAGCGUCUCAAAAACAUUCGAAGAAAACGCCGUCGCAUCGGUCAACUUUAUCCUUGCCACACAAUGGAUGUAAAAAGUCAACGAAUCUUCCACAUGACUCAUCCAUGGACUCAAUGUUAGCUUCUGUACAGAAUAGAGAUGAAUUUAGUUUAACUGAUCUCGAGUUACAAUCCGAUGAGACAAGUCAAUGUUUAGUCAAAGCGACAACAGUUUAA